GUGGCGCGUCCAGACGUGCAGCACACUCCCCGAGAGAAUCGCGUGGACGUCCCUCCCAGGCGGGAGAGGGGAAACGCGCGCACCUGCGCCUUUAACAAAAACCUCGCUUCCCUUUGGGCCUGAUGUUGGGAGGGGAGGGAGGGGGCCGGGAGAGGAGGCGUCACGUGUGCAAGCGCCUUCACGUGUGGAGGCACGGGGCGCGGGUAUAAAAAGGCCCCGCCUGGCGUGGAAGGGCUGUCAGGCACCUUUCUCCCCGGCGUCGCAUCUCUCUUCUUCGGGCGGCUCCACCCUUCCCGCCUCCCGGGCCGGAGAAGAAGCCCCUCUUUCUCCCUCCCUCCCGGGGGAGACCCGCCAUGCCUUCCUGACCGCGCAGAGAGGAGAGCUUGGGGCUUCCUUCCUUUCCUUCCCGAGGAAGGGACACAGCACGGCAGGGCAGGGAUGUCGCUCUCUGGGCGCCGCAAGGAGGACGAGGAGGAGAGGAAGAGGAAGAGCCCGGAGCGGCAAGGGCAGGGGCGCCACUGGCGAGUAUGUAUGACCAACUGCCCUACACUGAUUGUCAUGGUUGGUCUCCCAGCAAGAGGAAAGACUUACAUCUCAAAGAAAUUGACUCGGUACUUGAACUGGAUUGGCGUGCCUACAAAAGAAUUUAACGUUGGUCAGUAUCGUCGGGAUUUGGUAAAAACGUACAAGUCCUUUGAGUUCUUCCUGCCAGACAAUGAAGAAGGCCUAAAAAUCCGAAAACAGUGUGCCUUAGCAGCACUGAAUGAUGUUCGGCGAUAUCUUGGUGAAGAAAAUGGGCAUGUAGCAGUUUUUGAUGCAACAAACACUACAAGGGAACGUAGGGAAACCAUCUAUAAAUUUGGUGAGGAAAAUGGAUAUAAGACUUUUUUUGUGGAAUCAGUAUGUGUUGAUCCAGAGGUCAUUGCUGCAAAUAUUGUGCAAGUGAAACUGGGAAGUCCUGAUUAUGUUGACUGUGGGAGUGAUGAAGCUACAGAAGACUUCAUGAAAAGGAUUGAAUGUUACAAGAAUUCAUAUGAGACACUAGAUGAAAAUAUGGAUAAGGAUCUUUCUUAUAUUAAAAUAAUGGAUGUUGGAAGGAGUUACCUUGUAAACCGAGUAAUCGACCAUAUCCAGAGCCGGAUUGUUUACUACCUCAUGAAUAUCCACGUCACUCCUCGUUCCAUCUACCUCUGCCGACAUGGUGAAAGUGAACUAAAUCUAAAGGGAAGAAUAGGAGGAGAUACGGGGUUGUCUCCAAGAGGAAAAGAGUUUGCAAAGAGCUUGGCACAUUUCAUUAAUGAGCAAAACAUCAAAGAUUUGAAAGUAUGGACAAGCCAGAUGAAAAGGACUAUUCAGACUGCAGAGGCCUUGGGAGUGCCUUAUGAGCAGUGGAAAGUUUUGAAUGAAAUUGAUGCGGGAGUAUGUGAAGAAAUGACAUAUGAAGAAAUUCAGGAAAAUUACCCAUUAGAAUUUGCAUUGAGAGACCAGGACAAAUACAGAUACAGAUAUCCGAAAGGAGAGUCCUAUGAAGAUCUUGUUCAGAGAUUGGAGCCAGUAAUUAUGGAAUUGGAAAGGCAGGAAAAUGUUCUUGUAAUCUGUCACCAAGCUGUUAUGCGCUGUCUGCUUGCUUACUUUCUGGACAAGCCUGCAGAAAAAUUGCCUUAUCUCAAGUGCCCACUGCAUACUGUCUUAAAAUUAACCCCAGUGGCUUAUGGUUGCAAGGUGGAAUCCAUAUUUCUGAAUGUUGAAGCUGUCAAUACGCACAGAGACAAACCACAGAAUGUAGACAUUUCAAGAGAUCCUGAGGAAGCCCUUGUAACUGUCCCUGCUCACCAGUGAAUCCCGUUUCCUGAUCAGCAAUGAAACAUUUGAAUGUAUGCGUUAACCGCUCUCGGGACGAAGCUUUGAGGACUGUACCUAAUCACUUGUAACUUUCCCGACCUGGUGCCAACACCGUCCCAAACUGCUGAAGGAGCUCAAAAGAAACAACUCAGGGACCUGAGAAUGAAGACAACCAAGUGACACUGAAAGGCACGCACUCCUCCUCUUUUAGACUGUGUUUUUUAACUACCAAGGACUUGGCAUCAAAGGCUGAAGCAUACCAAGUAUUUAUGGAAUAUACAAUGAAAAUGCUUUUAAAUUAAUCUAUGUUGUCUUAUGUUGUUCCUUGCCCGUGGAUGUUAAAGGUUAUGAAAUAGUGUUGUCACUCAAUGUAAGGUUUUGACUUCAUCAAGCUUCUAAAAUCUUUUCUAGAGCUAUUGCUUUGGAAGACCAUCUAGUCUUUCUGUAUCAGUACUUCAAUUGUUUUAUUCAAAUAUUAUAAAAUAGCCCCAAACAGAGGAUAUUUUAAAAUAACGGAGGGCAUAUAAAAUAUUUACUGUAUUGUGCAAGAAAGCAUAUCCAUUCCUUCAAGAAUCCAUUCCAACUUCUGUUUUGUAAAUGUGUUAAUCCUGUUAAUUUAUCAGUUUUAGCAACACUUUUUAUCCUUUCAGUGCUAUACAAUAGAUUAUUAAAUUGCCAUUUUUCUUGACUGUUUACACUCCACAAAUUGGAAUAUCAAAUUUCUUUAAAAAUUAAAUUAAAGACACCACUUGAUAUUUCAUAUCUUCUAACUGGAAACCUCUAUAAGCAAAAUUUCCUUUAAAGUGCACUCCUAUCUUUUUCAAUUAUUUUAACCCAUCUCCAUUAAUGUUUUAAGGAUAUUUUUUAUAUAGAGCAUGAAUAUAUUCCACAAGAUAACACCAAAUUGUAAGCACUUUUUAUUUAACAAAGGUCAUUAUACUUGUUUUUGUCUCUGAACAUUUGUUAAGUACAAAAGCAAACUACAAACAGGUACCAGUUGAGCUUAUGAAAAGAAAGGCUUGAAAAUAACACCACCUUACAUGGAAUGAAAAAGAUAGCAAUAAAUAGCACUGUUAAGGCAAGGUGCAAGACAAAUCAUGAAAAAGAAAUGACUUCGAAGCAGUAGCAUUAUUAACAUUAUGGAAACAUGUUUUGUUUCUUAAACCAAAGUCACUGCUUUGUGUUUUUUUUAAAGGUGAGAAAUUUUGGGAUUGUUAUUAAUACAAAUCUGAGUCUUACAGUUAUUUUGUCAGCCAAAUUAUAUUGGCAAGAUGAACUGAAAGGGAUUCUUUACAUGUGUCUGUAAAGCAGUUUUUUUUUCUGUAAAGCACGAGGCAUGUAGAUGUCCUAUGAAAAAUUUCUCCAUUCCUCAAGACUGUUGAGUACUUUCUCUCUCUAAACCUUUGCUUCCCUACAUUGUCAUUGUAGAAAAGAAAGGAAACACACUGGAACAUGAAGCUGUGCAGGUUUUCUAGUACUUGCGUGCAUAGCUUAAUGUGGUCUUGUUGAUGAAUUUGUGUAAUGUUCUUACAACUAGGCGGUUGUCCCACAUUUUGAAAUGAGUCAAACAAUAUACCCUUGUGCAUAUUAACCUUCCAUUUAUAUGUAUUCAAUAAAAGUGAUACAUUUUAUCAGUAAUUCUUGAUGUGACAGAAUUCGGCAAGCAGUAGAUGGGGCCCAGAAUUGGGUUGGUACACAACAUCAGUUAUGCUGUGGCAGCUGGAGGGAGAAAGCUUGCAGGCAUGGAGUUGGAGAAACAGGCUGCUGAAAGCUGGCAGAUUUUGUCUGUUGCCCUUGCCACCCCUGACAAAAAUAAAAGGAACUACACAGUGUAGUACACCAACAGAAUUCUGACUCUCAGGUGCCCUUUUCCACUACCCUGGCAUUAUUAUUCCUCUUGAACUAUGAUGCUGCAUCCUAUGGAACUGUGAAGAUUGUAAUUUGGGGAGGUGCUAGAACUCUCUUGAGUAUUCUCAAUGCGCCUCCCUGAACUGCAAAUCCCACAUUUCCAUUGGCUGCUGCCAGUGCAAUCAGUGUGGAAUCAUAACACUCUUAAUUGGGUAGGUGAAAGCUUCCAUAUGUGUUAGUUCUUGAAAAGAGGGAAGUUUUGUCCUCUGGAGUAGGAACAUUUUUAUUCACUUUCUAUGUCAAUUAAUUAACUGAUUCUUGCCAUGCUGUUAGCGCCAGAGCAACGCACAAUGCACCAUAAGUUUACAACUAUAGCUGGGUGCUAUCAUAACCUGCCGCUGUGUUAAGUUUCUGUGUUCAGCAAUAUUUCGUUUUCAGCAAAUAAGCCAUAAAAGCAAUCUCAUUUCAGAAAAUGAAAUGAUUGUGUUACACUGUAAGUGCUUUAAAUGUAUUUCAUCUUGUCAGGUAAUAUGCGUUUGAAUUGUGGGUCCCUUGUUACUGGAGUAGAUGAGGAUCAGAAAGUAGAGCUCUUGAUCCACAAAAAUUGAGUGCUGUGCAACAGUGUUCCCAAAUUAAUUCAGAUUGUCCUGUCACGAAACGUGCCCUAACUUCUUUGAAUGCAGGCCAAGGGAUGUGAACUAUUUUUUUGCCAUUUAGUGGGAAGGUACAACUUUGUGUAGUAAAUGCUGGACUGAUAAGACAACGCUCCUUUAUUUAGAUGAUGCAAUGGGCUUGUCUUCAGUGGUGGACAAAAUAUUUUCUUUUAAACUUUUCAUAACCUGAGAGAAGUGUUUAUUAUCCUUGUUCAUUUGAUUCCAUAUUUCUCAUUGUGUUCUAAAAUUCUGUGGCUAAAUAUUUAAUGUAUAGUAGAUAUUUUUAUAAUACAGACUAUGAUUACAGUGUUUCUUCUUGGAUGUAUAAGAUAUCCCACAUGUUGUAUGCAAUUAUAAAUUUAUGUCGAUACUUGAAAAUGAAAAGACUUGGGAAGCUCUGACUGGUUUUUUUUAAAUUAAGCUGUGAUUUUAAAUGCAGAACUUAGAAGUCAGUCCCUCUUUGAAUCUAAUAAUUGGACUUGCUUCCAAGUAAAUGAGGUUAAGAUUGGGAUGUUCCAUUUUUUAUGUUUUCCAUCAGUUCCAGUGACCAUCUUUAGAAGAUUUACAUUUCAACCGGACUGCUGAAAUAUUAAAGGGUAAAUGCAAGAAAUCCUUAAAUGCAAAGGAUAAAUGUAAGGCUUGGUUAGUAGCAGUUUCCUAUUAAGUGUAUGCUUGAGGGCAAAUCUAUAUUUGCAACUUUAUUGUAUGUGAAACAGCCUUUAGGGAGUACUAUGAAGUCCAAGGUGUUAUGAAAAGUAUAUGCUAUAAUUUCUGUAUGGUGGACCCAAAUGAUUUUGAAUGACUUUUUAGUUCAGAUGCGACUUAAAUGUACGUGCUAGUUCUGAUGCAAUCUUUUGCUGUAUUGGGCUUUCAAGUUAGUUUUUUAAAGGAGAUGUGAAUUUUAUGUAGCCUAAACUCCGAAAUAAUAAAUAUUCAAUUUUAAAUUCCAA